CUGCAGUCCACCGAACCGUGAAGUGAGACAGGCAACGACGGAGCGGCUUUACUGGGAGUGUUUUUAUGGCUGCCUGCUCAGCACGACGUCCGGUAAUUUGUUGUAUUUAAGAACGCUCGGGCGUUUUUAGAGGCCGUGUAAACGAAACUACAGCUCUGCAUUCGGCGAGGAAUGUAGUUAGUCGAGUGUGGACACGGCUAACUUUUAUGUGCUUAAUGAGACUCGGCCGUCGAGUGAAAUUGAACUUCAUCGAUCGCGGAUAGUCUGAAAAUACGCUCAGCUGAAGUGUAACUGGGAUGAAAAACAGUGCGUCACCUCUUGGACUUGGUGUUUUUACGAAGAACUACACGAAUUUAAUGGGGCAACUAUCUUUUGUAACUUUUUUCCCUCAACAGCGGUGCAAACUGUUGUCGUAGUGGCAGACAUUCACGUCAGCUAAUUUUAGCAAGCUAGCUAACUGUUAGGUACGUUAGCUGGAAGCCUAGCAGGACAGGAGCUUGCUACUGGCAGGACUUAACAACUAAUUCACCCAACUUUCUAUUUUAUGACAAUGUCUUUCAAACCUUUUGCAACAGGUAAACAUUUUGCAAACACGACAAAGCAGUAAAAACCAUAAAAUCUAGAAACGAUCAUUUUCUUGUGUUGGUAACGUUACCUCCGGGUUGUACUUCGGGUAUAGUCAUGAGUUGUAGUUUGGCUUUGUGGCUCUUGUUUUGAAGAUUGCUCCCGUGUUUCCGAAAGCAAGUUACCCCAACGAUGCAGUCUUUGGACACAGUCUAACCCCAGCGCUGAGCGACCAUGUUGGAUCAUACAGAAUAACAUAAGACUUGAGCAGGGGACGAGCUUCAAGUCGCGCAGUUGGCUAACAUAUUUUUGUGCUGAUGCGAACGGUAGGAACAGAAGAGGAAACCUUUCAUUUCACCUAGGGGAAUACAGUAGCUUGUCAGAAGUCUUCGUCAGUUUAUGCAUCAAAAUGUCGGCCAUCUCUGCAUCCGAGAAAGUGGACGGGUUUACGAGAAAGUCCAUGAGGAAGGCCCAGAAACAGAGGAAAUCCCAAGGCUCCUCGCAGUACCGCACUCAGACCGCUCCAGUUGAGCUUUCACCGCUGCCGCAGCUCAAAGAUGCCCCCUCAACAGAACAGCAGGAGCUGUUCACCCAAAAACUCCAGCAGUGCUGCAUGCUCUUCGACUUCAUGGACUCAGUGACAGACCUGAAGAGCAAGGAGAUCAAGAGGGCCACACUUAACGAGCUUGUGGACUACGUUUCCACCAACAGAGGGGUGCUGGUGGAGUCUGCUUAUCCAGAGAUCACUGAUAUGAUCUGCACCAAUAUAUUCCGGACUCUUCCACCAAGUGAUAACCCUGAUUUUGACCCAGAGGAGGAUGAACCCACUCUAGAGGCUUCCUGGCCUCAUGUUCAACUGGUCUACGAGUUUCUCCUACGCUUUCUAGAGAAUCCAGACUUCCAGCCCAGCAUUGCAAAGCGCUACAUUGAUCAGAAAUUUGUUCUGCAGCUGCUGGAGCUGUUCGACAGUGAGGACCCGAGGGAGAGGGACUUCCUCAAGACCAUCCUGCAUCGGAUUUAUGGAAAGUUUCUGGGGUUGCGGGCCUUCAUCAGGAAGCAGAUCAACAACAUUUUCUUGCGGUUCAUCUAUGAAACUGAGCACUUCAAUGGAGUUGCUGAGUUACUAGAAAUCCUAGGAAGUAUCAUCAAUGGGUUUGCGUUGCCUCUGAAGGCAGAACACAAACAGUUCCUUAUGAAGGUGCUCAUCCCGUUACACACCGCUAAAGCAUUGUCCCUCUUUCAUGCACAGCUGGCCUACUGUGUGGUUCAGUUCCUGGAGAAGGAUCCUACACUCACUGAACCGGUGAUCCGUGGGCUGCUGAAGUUUUGGCCUAAAACCUGCAGCCAGAAAGAGGUGAUGUUCCUGGGUGAAAUAGAGGAGAUUCUGGAUGUCAUUGAGCCAACGCAAUUCAAGAAAAUCCAGGAGCCACUGUUCAAGCAGAUCUCUAAAUGUGUUGCCAAUCCACACUUUCAGGUAGCAGAGCGAGCGCUGUACUUUUGGAAUAACGAGUACAUUCUCAGCCUCAUCGAGGAGAACAUUGACAAGGUUCUUCCAAUCAUGUUCGGUAGCCUGUACAGAAUCUCCAAAGAGCACUGGAAUCCGACAAUCGUCGCUCUGGUCUACAAUGUGCUGAAGACGUUGAUGGAGAUGAACUGCACGCUGUUUGACGAGUUGACUUCCUCCUAUAAAGCAGACAGGCAGCGGGAGAAGAAGAAGGAGCAGGAGAGGGACGAGCUGUGGAAGCAGCUGGAGGAGUUGCGACUCAGCAACGCCACUCUGGUCCAGAACAACAGCCACAGGCUCCCGAGUGUCCAGAACAACAACAACAACAACAACAACAACAAUAGUAGUAAUAACAAUGACAACCAGGACAAGAGCGUUGAUGCUGCUGUCGUCACCACAGACAACAAAGAGCCAGACGUCAGCGUGGCAGCCAGUGAGAGCACCCCAUGUGCCAAAUGACACCGGAUGUCAGUUUUUUAUUCCAUAAUGGUUUGACAUCGUGUUCAGGACUGUCAGUAGAGGAUUAACGGAGACGGAAAAACACAAAUUGCACCUCAACAGUAUAACAAAUCUGCUUAGAGUGACUUAGAACGCCAGCAUUUCUUUGGCAGAAAAAAAUUAUAUAUUUCAACUUAAGACUAUUUUUGGAUGUUACAGUGUGGCUGCAGUAUAUUGUUUAUUUGUCUGAUCAAAGAUGUAUCCUUUCACAUGUAGUUUCUUAACUGAAAAUGAUUUUUUUUUGCUAUAUUCAUUGUGUGAUACUGGGGAGGGAAGAAAGUAAUAAUGACUUGAAUUUAAUGUUUCCAGUUGUGCUGCACUUAGACAAGCUGAAUAGCUAUUUAAAGAUGUCUAUUUUUUAAUGUGCUUUUUCCUUGUUGCUGCCAACAUUUGGGUGCACACCUUAAGGAAGAAGGGAACUGCAGACUUUGGGAGUAUUUGGGGCAGAUGGGACCAGAUUCAUAAUUAGACAUUUGGUGUCCAUUAUUGUAUAGACAAGGGCUGUUAUCAGGAGCAGAAGAAGCCGGAGGACAGUUGUCUCCCAUUAGAGAUGAGAGAAUGGGAGGUGAAUGGCCAAAAAAUUAUAAAUCCUAAAAACAAAUAAUCUCAGAUAUGGAUUUAUAUCUCUCUAAGUGACUCUAGUUGGGACUAUGAAGUUAAAACAUGUUCACUAUUGGGGUAGAUGUCAUAUUUGUAGAUUAUUUUUGGUGUUGGUAAAUGUUUUUUUUUUGUUUGUUUUUUUUCUAGGUGAAAACGUGAGGUUAAUAGUUGUAACACAACACCUGCAUUUGUAAGAUUAUUUACACUAAAGUAUUGAGACAGGGCUUUGAAAUGUUUUUCAGCCUGACUGGAAUUAAAGGAAUGGUUCAAGAGUUCGAUGACAUGAAAUCACUGUCAUGUUUGUACUAUAAUGAUGAAGCUACAGCUUGUAGCCAGUUAGCUUAGCUAAGCACAGAGACUGAAAACAGGGGGACCCAGCCAGCUCUCUCUAAAGUCAGACCGACUUGAGCCCUGCAUGAGAUAAACACAGCCCUCAUUUAUUGGAAACUUAAACCAGGCUCAACUUUUGGUGCAAAGUGAGUCAUACAGCGAGGAGCUACGUUGGCCAGUCACAUGCAUACAAGCAUACAUUCCUGGUAGAUUACUUUGUAACAUAUACGCCUUCUUUUGACUUUGCGGACGUCGUGACCAAAGAUAAUAGAGUUUUUAUUUUACUUUCCAGAGUUGCAAAAUCCUGUCAGGCUAUUACAAACCGUUGUGCAUUGUUUUGGCAUCUUGAAUGCAUUCAUCUGCUACUUCUGUUACUGUUACUUCCUGAAUCGUAUUACAUUGUGUCAUUGGUACCUUAAACAACACCAAUACCAAAGCACCCCGUUGUGUUUUGUUUUGGUUUUUUUGGGGGUUUUUUAGCACAAAGAUGCUUUUGGUCUAAAUCCAGCCAUCAACACUUCUAAAACACAUUUUAAAUUCUGUCCUUGACGAGCUAAUUAAAAUGUUUUAUCUUGUUUGUUUGAUCCAUACAAAAACCAAAGUGUUAAAAGGACCGUUUGCACACUUUCUGAAUUUUUUUUCUUUUCUGAAAGUUUUUACACUUGGCUGUUUGUACCGAUCAGACAAAUGAAAUAUAAAGUGUUGAAAUAGCUUGAGAGCUGCUGGUUGGUGCUUUUUGUCACCUUUGGACAGAGCCAGGCUAGCUGUUUCCAGUCUUUAUGCUAAGCUACACUAACCAGCUUAUGGCUGUAGUUCAUAUUUGCCAAUAUAGACAUGAGUGUGGUAUCAAUCUUCUCAUCAAACUCUUGGCAAGAAGGAUGGUUUUUCCCCAAAUGUCGAGCUAUUCCUUUAAAACAAAUGGAUUUAAGAAAUAAAAAGACCCACAGUACUAUAUUUUUUGGAGUAUUUAAGGCAAAUAUUUCUGAAUGUUUCAUCGUGCAGAGGAUUCUGAUGGGAUACAGGAUGUGCUUGAGUGUAUAUUUGUUGAGUGCGUAUAUGUGUAUAUGUUAGUUUCGAGGCUACUUAAAGGGAAAUGCCACUCAAUUUAAGAUUUUAUGUACAGUAUAUUGUUUCUGUGGUCUAUGAAAGUGCAGUCAGUGCUUGGGAACAUAAAUGGUUGUCAAACAAAGAUUUGUCUUUCCACUGAUCUGGUGUUUUACAAUACACAUGGGGCUGAUUUUGUGUAUUGGUUUUUUUUAUAUCCAAACAAAGUUCAUUAUGAAGUAGUGAUAUCAAGAAAAUUUACGCUUAACACCAGAAAAUCCCACAGGACUGUUUUUACAAGUAAUCUUGACCAUCAAUGCCUGUUCACUCCCUGCAUCUUCAGACUUCAUUACAACCGUACAUUUGCUUUUAUUUUCCAGUGUCUGAGGCUGGGGGUUGAUAAAUGUGUUCAUCUGACUGCCAUAGAUCAUAGGAACAACGUGUUGCGUUUUUAAAAUUGAAUGGUGUUCCCUCUGAACCCUGCUCUCUUACUUUUGAUUUCAUAUUUUUAGGUCCAGACUCUUCUGAUGCCUUUCUGUCUGUACAGCAUUCCGACCUCUGUGACGUUUAAAAACUGCGUGGGGGAACCUGUUUUGUAAUCGCAGAUCUUAUUUAGGUUUCACCAUCAAAUAAAGUCUUUAUCUUUCUACUCACA